AUGGGCGGAGGCCUCAAAGUGGCUAUUGUCGGAGCUGGCUUCGCUGGCCUACGGUGUGCAGAUAUACUAGUCCAGAAUGGUGCGCAAGUUACCAUCUUUGAGGCAAGAGAUCGACUUGGAGGGCGGGUUCAUCAAACAAAGAUCGGAGAUCAUCUUAUAGACUUGGGCCCUAACUGGAUUCAUGGUACGGAGAAGAAUCCCAUCGCUGGCGUGGCAGAGGUGACCGGAACGACUAUCAAGGAUUUCGAAGGCGAGCAGAUCAUUUUCGCCAGAGAUGGGAAGCUCGUCGAUGAGGCCACCUCGACCAAGAUCUCCGAGUUCUUAUGGAGCACGAUAGACGAAGCCUUUGAAUAUAGCAAUGCGCACAAGGAUGCCAUUGCACCUAAUCGAAGUCUGCUUGACUUCUUUAAGGAGAGAGUCAACAAAACGGGCCUAAGCCCUGAGGAAAAGGAACUCUGUAUAGAGACAUGCAAGCUGUGGGGAGCGUACGUUGGUGACUCUAUUGAGAGACAGAGUCUCAAGUUCUUCUGUCUCGAAGAAUGUAUAGACGGGAACAACUUCUUCAUCGCAUCUACAUACAAGAAGAUCCUGGACUACGUUUCCAAAGCAGCCACCCAACAUGCCGACAUCCGCUUCAACCAGCCGAUCACCAGAAUCGAAACGGACUUCCGAGAGAACUCGAGCGCCGCUCGCAGAGUGAUAUUGACAACCGCAGCCGGCGAAUCUCACCAAUUCGACGAAGUAGUAGUGACCUGCCCCCUCGGCUGGCUGAAACGCAACAAGUCCGCCUUCCACCCGGCACUACGCCCUCGACACCUGCAGGCCAUCGACAGCAUCUCCUACGGCCGACUGGAGAAGGUAUACGUGACAUUCCCACGAGCCUUCUGGCACGCAGACGCAGAAGCCGGGCUGAACGGCCCGGACCCCAAAGGCACCGCUCACCACACCAAUCCCACCUUUGCGGUUUUCCACGAUCCAACCUACGCCGAGCACCCCGAAGGCAUCCUGUGGAACCAAGAGUGUAUAUCGUUUGCCGGCCUCCCCGACGAAUGCGCCCACCCCACGCUCCUCUUCUACACCUACGGCCCCUGCGCCACAUAUAUCGUCUCCAAGAUCGCUAAUCUCGACCCCUCUUCAGACGAAUACUACACCUUCCUCGACGGCUUCCUGCGCCCGUUCUACUCCCGCCUGCACGGGUACUCGGCCUCCUCGACCGACUGCAAACCUCUCGCCUUCGUCGCCACCCAGUGGCAGAACGACCCCUACGCGGGCAACGGCUCCUACUGCAACUUCCAGGUAGGUCUUGAGCAGGGCGACAAGGACAUCGAGGCGCUGCGGGGCGAUAUCGGUCCCGAGCGCGGGGUCUGGUUUGCGGGCGAGCACACGGCGCCCUUUGUGGCGCUGGGGACCAGUACGGGUGCGUACUGGAGUGGGGAGCGGGCAGCUGGGGAGAUAUGCCAAUAUCAUGGGCUGGGUAGAUUGGGGAUUGGCGCUGGACGAGACGAUUCGCUCCCUUCGGCUGUGCCGAGGAAGAUUGCGUCGUCUGGUUGA